AUGUUUCCCGCUGGGCUCUGGCUUUAGGAUGUUGGAGAACCGAGAGGAGGAGCUGACCACGGUGCGUGUCCAGGACCCCCGCGUGCAGAACGAAGGCUCCUGGAAUUCCUAUGUGGAUUAUAAGAUCUUCCUCCACACCAACAGCAAGGCCUUUACUGCCAAGACCUCGUGUGUGCGGCGCCGGUACCGUGAAUUCGUGUGGCUGAGGAGGCAGCUCCAGAAGAAUGCUGGCUUGGUGCCUGUCCCAGAGCUGCCCGGGAAAUCCAGCUUCUUUGUGGGCAGCACGGAUGAGUUCAUCGAGAAGCGGAGACAGGGGCUGCAGCAGUUCCUGGAGAAGUGAGUGGAGCAUUAG